GAUUCCUCGUGUUCCUCGGCGAUCACAGUAAGCAAUGUAAAACAAUCUAGUUGGAGUGUCUCAUUGCUGGGCUUAAACAUAAAUACAGGACCAUCACCGGGCUAGAUCAUAUUGAUCCAUUAGCUCAAGGACACUCUCCGAACAAGACUACAAUCAUGUCCAUCGGUUGCCGCCGUUUACUACGCUCAACUGAGGGUAUUAUUUCAUUAUCAGCAAAGAGAAACGCAUCCACGACUUCUCCGCCCAAAUUGAACCAAAAUGUACCUUCAGUAUCCCAAACAUCUCCAUCAGUAGACCCCGCCCAGCUCGAUCAGACCCUCACCCUCUCUGACGGCCGCACCCUCGGUUUUGCUGAAUAUGGGUCCCCACAGGGAACGCCGCUUCUCUACUUCCACGGCUUGCCAGCUUGUCGUUAUGAGAUCGACUUUCAUGAACUUGGCCUCCGACACGAUGGCCGAGUUUUUGCCAUCGACCGCCCCGGGAUGGGACUGUCAACGUUCCAACCCAACCGAACACUCCUCGACUGGCCUGCUGAUGUAAAAGAGUUUACCCAGAAACUCGGUCUGGACAAAUACCGGGUUCUUGGUGGCUCGGGCGGGGGACCAUAUUCCCUCGUCUGCGCAAAGGCACUCUCCAAGGAAAACCUCAAAGGCGUAGGUGUACUCGCCGGGAUGGCGCCCCUUGCAGCCGGAACACAAGGCAUGUCUCUCCGUUCGCGGAUACUCUGGAAUCUAGGGAAACGGUUCACUCUUCUGGGGCAGCUUUACAGUGAUUGGGUUCUUGUACCAGCAGCUCAAAACCCAGAUCCGAAGGCUAUGGAGAAUUUACUAGCAAAAACUGUGAAGAGGAAUUUCAGCAAGACGGACUCGUCCGUCUUUGACGAUGAGAAGAUCCUCAAGCACUCGGCUAAGAUUUUGCGGGAGAGCUUUCGGCAGGGGUCUCAGGGGUAUGUUCAUGAGUGUAGGAUUCUUACACGGUCGUGGGGGUUUGACUUGCGGGAGAUUGAUUUUCCUGGGGUUCGUCUGUGGUACGGCGAUAGUGACCGACAUACUCCGAUUGGGAUGGCGAGGUGGAUGGCGGAGAGGAUUGAGGGUUCGACUCUGACGGAGUGGAAGGGGUACAGUCAUUUCACCUUUACUGAUGGUCAUACUGAGGAGAUUGUAAAGGGGAUACUAGAGACAUGAAGUCGGG